AGUCGUAUUGCUCAUUACGUACUGUAGGAAACUCUUUACUUGCGAGUCAUUUGAACAUGUCUGCAACUGCUCGUCCGUUGAGGGAACGUGUUCGUAAGCACUAUGAUUAUCUCAUCAACGAACUGAUGGUGUCGUCUUACGUGAACGUUCUCUUCCAAGAGAAAGUGCUUUCUAGUGAAGAGAAGGAGCGUCUGUCUGCACGAGGCGGUCGGCAAGAACGGGCACAGGAUUUUGUAGACACGCUCAUGCACAAAUCUGAAUCAAGUAUUCACAAAUUCUUUGAUAUUGUCAGAGAGCACGAAGACAAGCAGCCGCACAUCUACUAUGAUGUCUUUCCUCAACACAAAGCAAACGAGAUGCAAGCGCAACGUUCGGUUGCUGCAGCUUCUCUUGCUGCUCUCGAGACAGAGACGCAAGGUUGUGGGUCAUUGAAGGCUGAGCUGUUUGAUUUGUGUGACAUUGUGGGUGACAAGUGGCGUGAUUUGGCGGAUCGUCUCAACAUGAGCAGAUAUGAUGUUGAGAUGAUAGAACUGGAGGUUCAUACAAAGAAGGAACGAGCAUUUAUGAUGCUAUGCAAAUGGCAGUCGAUGGUAGGAGACAAUGCAACUGUAGAGAAGGUAAAAGCUGAACUAAAAGAGAUUGAAGAGCAGAAGAAGGACGAAGCCAUUGCAAGUAUAGUGUUUCCCAACGAACUAAUGGAAGAAAAGCAAUUUUGUGGUCGCAAGAAAGAGUUGACAAUUUUGUUCGAGACAAUGUGGGGAGAAAAGGCUCCACAAGUGUCUACGUCAUUGAAAUUCUGCUGUGUGGUGAUCAAAGGAAUGGGCGGAGUGGGGAAAUCAUCUUUGGCAGCCAAAUAUGCAUUUCAAUGUAAACAUCUGUAUAGUGAUGGAGUGCUGUAUUUCAAUGCAGAAUCAUGGGCAACACUGACAAACUCAGUCAUACACAAUCUCACAGUUUUGUCUUUAAGUUCUCCUUCUGUUUCACGUUCUCAAAGUCGAUUUGAUGAGCUCAAGAGCAAUCCAUUACAAGACAACAAUUCAGUGCUGCUUAACCACAUUUCCAAGCUUCCUAAGAUGUUGCUGGUGUAUGAUGGUGCAGAUGAUCUCUCUUUUCUGUCUAAAAUUCUUCCUCGUUCAACUGCUCGUGUCCAUGUAUUGAUCACAACUCGAUGUGAUGAUUGUUCUGUGUUACAGAUAUCACUAAAUCAUGUCAUCUCUCUUGGUUGUUUGGAAGCCGAAGACGCCGUGGCAGCUGUAGCCAUGUGGUCUGGUCGUCAACCGUCCAACAGUCAAGAAAGAGCAGCAGCCACCAAAUUGUCAGUUGAAGCUCCCAUAGAAAAGCUACCAAUUGCUCUUGCUCAUACAGGCACGUAUAUGCGAAAGGCACAUCUAAGUUAUGAGGAAUAUUACAAACUGUUGAAAAGAAAUGAAGUUGAACUUGAGGCUUUGGCAUUGGAUCUUGACAAACUGUUGCAUUACUUUAAUGCUGGUUGUUUACGUGAAUUGUUAUUGCAAGCUCGUGUGACUCAACCUGUUGAUUUAGAAAGAUUGCGUGACACAGAUGUUGAUGGAUUGAAUAUAAGUAAAAGUGACAAAAAUGUUGUUAAAACUAUGAGAAACUUUAUGUCUUCUAGUCAUACUCAUCUGACAUGGCAGAUGGACAUUGAGUUGGUUGCAAGAGAGAAUCCCAAAGCGUUGUCUCUACUUGAAUAUGCAUCAUUUCUGUCUUCAAGAGACAUUCCAGAGAAGCUCGUUCGUCCUCUUAUGUUUGGUGAAUGUGCCAAUUAUGAAUACAGUUUGUGUGUCUCAACUUUGUCUUCACACAAUUUAGUUGAAUGGCAUGAGACAGCAGAAGGUUACACUUUGAAUAUUCAUCCAUUGGUGCAGUCAACAGUGAUGGAACGUGUCAAGCAGCAACCAGAUGAGAUGGAACGUAAAUUAACUGAUGUUUGUAACAAUAUGCUGUCUUAUAUAUCGCGCAAUGGAAUGGUCAUCAAUUUUCUUCCAAGUGAUGUACCACUUCAACUUGCUUCUCACUCGUCUUCAUUGGCUAAGCAUGUAUUGCUAGCUGAUGUAGAAGUACCAACUUGCUUGCAGUUUGUUAGGCAUACGUGUGCUACAUUUAUGCUGUACCAGUCUCCUGACACAUCAUGUUAUUUGUGUGAAAAAUGGUACCACAAAGUGAUGCAGUUGGACUGUUUUCCACAUGAGGUCAAACGUGAAUGGUUCAUAGAAGCAAGUAAUCUUUUGAGUUUGGCAUAUUCUUACAAGUGGAAAAUCAAGGAAUCAUUAGAUUUGAGUUUGAAAACCAAGAAGGUGAUUGAUGAGCUAAAACCAUAUGAAAAGAAAGAAAUAUAUAAACAUCAUAAACAAGUGUUGAAGAAUAUUCAUCAAUGCUAUCACAUGCUAAACAACUUUGAGGAAGAAAAUUUUUACCUGAAAGAGCUGAUGUUGCUGAUGAAAAGUUAUGGAGAACAACUUGGAGCAGAAUUUGCUUCUGUGUUUGGUGCAAUGGCAGUUUAUUUAUUUGUUAGUUGA